AUGGGCUUCGUAGGAACCCUAACACGGGCAUUCAUGCACGGGCCUAAUUGGCAAGACGCCCAUGGGCUCGACGGAUUUCUGGAACUGUUGGAUAAGAGAGCAAAUGUGGAUGGCAGAAAGAGAGGCCUCAUCACCGUAUCGAACCACAUCUGCGUCGUUGACGACCCUCUAAUAUGGGGUGUCCUGCCCCUCCGCUACCAUUUCAACCCCAGCAAUCACCGCUGGUCCCUCGGCAGCUACGACAUCGUCUUCAAGAACAAAGCAAUGUCCACCUUCUUCGUCCUCGGCCAAGUCCUCCCCACGCACCGCCUCCACAAAGAUCCGCACGGCGGGCCCUUCCAACCCACCCUCCGCGAAGCCGUCCGCCUGCUCUCCCGUCCUCCUUUCUCCCCUACAAGCUCCGCCCUACCAGUCGACCGCUCGUUUAAUUCGCCGGAUAUCUCAGACCCUUUUUCUUCCCCCAACCACCACUUCACCUACACAACCGACGGUAUCGAUACCUUCCCUGCGCCCUCUGCAUACGCAACGCGGCAGUACAGCUGGAUCCACAUCUUUCCCGAAGGCCGCGUGCAUCAGCACCCGCAGAAGGCGAUGCGGUAUUUCAAGUGGGGCGUCGCGCGCCUGAUACUCGAGCCGGAUGUUUGUCCUGAUAUAGUACCCAUGUGGGUUGAGGGUAAUGAUGAAAUCAUGCAUGAGAACCGAGCCGCGCCGCGGUGGCUGCCAAGGGCUGGGAAAAGAUGCGGGGUGUGGUUUGGGGAGAAUGUCGGAGGGGAGAGCGAGGGGAAUGUGUUUCAUGAACUGAGGGAGAGGUGGCGGAGGUUAGUGGAGGAUGAGAGGCGGACGAGAAAGCCUGAUCAAGAGCUGGAAGUGGGAGUCUUGAGCGAGGAGUUAAAGUAUGGUCCCGAGGCCAUGAGGCUGAGGGAGGAAUGUACGAUGCAAGUCCGUGGUGCAGUCCUGAGGGUGAGGAAGGAGCGCGGGCUGCCGGACGAAGAUCCUAAAGAAGGGCUUGUUGAGACAUGGAGGGCAGAGGGAGGUAAGAGAGAGGGUCAAAUGGACGAUGGAAGCUUAAUCAAGGAUACCUAA